AUGAACAGACUUGCAAAGGAGUACAAGGGGAUCCAACGGCGGCUAGCGGAGAGCGAGUGGCUGGAGGAGAUGUGGCCUGUGAUGGAGGAGGAAGAGGAAGAGGCUGAGACUGGGAACAGUGAGGGCGGCAAUCUUUCGGAGUGGGUGGCGCGGUUCUGGGGGCCUGAAGGGACGCCGUUUGAGGGGUUCUUGCUAGAGGUGACAUUGUCGGUUGACGUUCGGCGGUACCCGCUAACGGCGCCGCGCGUGGCGUUUAGACGGCGGACCGUGGCACACCCGAACGUUCAGUACGAGAGCGGGGAGAUCUGCUUGGACGUGUUGAAAGAGGCGUGGACGCCGGUGUACGGGUUGGUGGACUUGGUGGACGCUGUGCGGCGGCUUCUUGGAGAGCCGGGGCUGGAGUCGCCGCUGGACGUGGACAUGGCGCGGGUGUACGCGGAGGACUACGCGGCGUACGGGCAGGUGGUGCGGUACAGGUUGAUGGAGGCGUCGGCGGGGGUUCGAAGGGCGGACUCCUGA